AUGCUUCCCUUCGUUUUGUCUGUGCCUCUCAUGGCCUCUCUGGCUGCUGCCCAGAUCUUUCCCAACUCGACCCUGGCUUCAAUCUCCUCUACCUCCACGGCUGCUGUGACCCUUCUCCCUGAGGCCAAUGCUGCUGUUACAAGUGGCGUCUCUGAAUCCGCUGGCGAAGAGGUCACUACCGAGGUGGUCACGGUGGUCGAGAGCAACUCCACAUCUACCAUGACUUUGACCAAGACCCAUUGUCCUGCCUGUACCGAGACUUCCUCCCCUGACGUCUCUUACACCACCUACACCACCAUCUACACAACUUCUGGAGUAGUCGUCACCAAGACUGUCACUGAAGAGUGUGUCACCCCUACCCCUACUUACACCACUUACACUACUGUCUACACUACAUCAGGCAUAGUUGUUACAGAGACUAUCAUCGAGGAGUGUUCUACCGAGAGUGUCGUUCCUACCCCUGCUCCUGUUUCCUCUUUUGACCCUUCCGUCUCCCUCACCACUUAUGCCACUGUCUACACGACCGAUGGAGUAGUUACUACUAUCACCGUCACGGAAGAGUGUAGUACUGAGGCUGGACCUACUGAGACUCCAGCCCCUGCUCUUGAACCUACCCCCGAGACCCCUGCCGUUCCUGUGGUUUCUUCCGCCGUAACCCCCUCUGAAGAAGCCACCGUCUUGACCUACACUGUUGGAACCAUCACAUACACGUCCGUUGUUACUUGCACCGAAAAAAAGUGCCACCCCACCCCUGCGGUUGUCACUUCUGAAGUCCCCAAGGUCUCUAGCAUCCCCGAGCAGCCCCAGCCUAAGCCCGAGGGGCCCACUCUCUCCACUGUCACCUACACCAAGGGCACUAUCACUUUUACCACUGUCCAGAUUUGUACUUCCGGUGCUUGUGAAGUCCCCAAGACUCCUGUUGCCGUUCCCGAGACUCCCAGCGCUCCUGUUGCCGUUCCCGAGACCCCCAACACCCCGGUGGUUAUUGACACCACUGUCACUGCUCCUAGCCUCACCCCCACAGUCCCCAUUGUGGCUGCUCCUCCUAUCGAGCCUACAGUUGUUUCUCCUCCUGUUAAAGUGUCUCCUCCUGUCGAGGUGUCUCCUCCUGUCGAGGUGUCUCCUCCUCCUGUCGAGGUCUCUGCUCCUCCCCAGGCCCCUCCUACUCCUGCUCCUGCUCCUCCUGCUGACUCUGGACUUCCCCCUCCCCCUAACACCCCUAUUAUUCCAGUUCCCGCGGUUUCCACCCCUCCCAAGAGCACUACCAUUCCCAGUCCUCCUCCCCAGAACACCAGCGGUGGCAACAAGCUGGCCAUCAGCGCACUCAUGGGUCUGGCUAUUGUCAUCCCCCUUGUUAUCUAG